AUGGCUGCCUUGCUUUCCAGGACGGUCAACUGUGACAACCUCUGGCGACCCUGGUACAUCAUUUGCGUGACCUGCCUGCAGGUUUUCAUGCUCUACUCUGGCAUAGCCCGCUACAUCGCCUUCAAGGAGCACUUGUUCGACCCCAAGUACGGCGGCAAUUGGAACCCCGCGGGGAUGAAUUUCUACCUGGCGAUGCUCAUCAUCGCCACCUUUUUUGUCCUCCUUUUCCUCUACGCUAGUCUGGUUCGCGGAUCGAAUCUUGCUGGCGAAGGAGUCGCACUAGGACAAGAGUCGGUUCUUUACCACCCUGGUCCGUUUCAUUGGCCCCAACAGUCCCAAUCCCAACAAGAGGGAAGUAAUGCAGGUCUCUAUGCGACUGCGAAUGGGGUUUUGGAGAGGGGUAAUCUCAGCGCUGGGCUGGGAGCCGUGGGAGAGGAGGAGGGAGUGCCACCAUUUGACACCUGGUCUGCCCGCAGUGCUGCUCAUGUUCCACCCAGCGAUUUUGCCACCUAUCCAGGCCUACCUACCAUGUUUCGAUCGAUGGUAUCAACUGGAGGGACGAAUGUGACGGGAGGGAAGGAACGUUGGUUUUCAUUGUGUGGCCUCUGGAGGCGCUUCCAACGACGUUUUAUUCCCACCUCGAGUCUCAUGCACAUCAUCUCCGCCCAUGCCUUCCUCCUUCCACUGCCGGUUCUCGAGGCCCAGCUUAUUUUUCACCACGUCCUACCCUUCGAAAACGUGUGGAAAAGCAACUUGAAUGCGAUCCUGCGCUCAUCGCCCUCCAAUGCAAUGUCAGUGGAAUUCUUCAAUCUCCUCCUCGCAUUCGCAGUAUUAGCCCUUCGUUAUCCAGCCGUAUUUUGGCGAACCAAUCACGCCUUUGCCUUUACAUUCUCCCUUCUACUCGUCAUCCUCGGCGUACACGGCCUUCUAGAGAUGAACUCCGUCGAGGUUAUCGUUAAACUUUGCUGGAACGACAAAAAUUUCGCUUCUUCCCAGGCAGGCUUGUGCCAAGCAUCUGUCGUGGGAGCAUCUAAUGGUGGUGAUAAAGUGGAUUUUCUGGGACCAGCGGUCUUCGAGAAACCCAAAAAGGAUCCAGAAGGCCUGCAAAAUGCCACCGCACUCUUUCUUUCCACAUUCGGGACCCUCACAAUGCUACUUCUCACCGUCUGUGUGUUUGACUAUGGCAUUGAUCAAUUCGUAGACAGACUCAUUGCUUUGAGAAGCGCUAUUUUUGGACCCGCUUCACAGGAUGUCGCUCCCUCCGACACGGCAUCGAUUCAGGGCGGAGGUGUUGGUGGUGUCUGUGGUCUGAAAUCGGAAGGACAGCGUCGCAGACAACGAGGGACGGUCUGGCGACGUCUUGUGGCAGUGGUGGGAGCCCUCUGCGUUCUAGCCAUUAAAAUGCCCGUCCUCAUAGCCUGCGGUCAUGCCUUUGGGGCCAGUAGAAGCCCACUACUUUUAGCCAACAUUGUCGCUACAGUCUUCUUCUUCUGUGUCUGGUUUAUUAUCUGGUUCGCCUUCUGUCUCAAAUCCGAAUGGAAAUUCAAGGUGACCUAUACAUCCCCACUCCAUCUUCCCAUAUCCCACCCUCUCACGGUGCAGUACCCCUCGCAGUCGGCUGCAGCCCUGACUCGUCUAGGAGGCAAUGGUGGUGGUGUCCCAGGUGGUCUUCCUGGCACCCUUUUGGCCACUGUCACUGGUGUAGCUCCACAGCGCGUACAGCAGGACGGUAUGAGGUGCGUCAGCGGUGCUGGCGGCGGUGGUGGUGCUGCUGGUGGCGGUGGUGGGGGCCCACGUCUGACCUCCGGCAGUCCCCCCCUUUAUGCCUGUCUCCACGACGGCGGCCCUGCCGCGGGAAUUUGUCGCCUUGCGGGGGUGGUAUCGUCGCCUCCCCCUGGGGGUCAGGUGCCUAUUGGCCAGUCCAACAGAGCAGCUGCGGGUGCUCAGCAGAACGUGGACUGUUAUAGCGUGGAUACCGAAGGCAGUAGUCGACAGAGUGGCACCAACAACUAUGUGUGCCUUCAAAGCGCCUUGAAUACUACUAAUGCACUUGGAAUGAAUCCACUGCCUCAGUCACAGUCCUUUGGAAACGACGUGCCAGUGAACACAUCAUCGUUCGAUCAGCAGGUCCCAAGGUCAACGCCUCAAGAAAAUGGUGAUCCUCUCAGUGCUCUGCGGUAUGCCUUGCGUCCUAGUGAAAUUUUGUCUCCAGGAAGCCUUCGUUUUAUAAACAAUACACCUUUCGCUGCACAAGGAUCUGGUGAGGCCGAUGCAGGCCAACUUCUAACGGAUAGUGUCCAGGAAACGCAUAACUUUCUCCCUCAGUCAUCUGUUUCAACCACAGUCGCCACCACCACUACCACCUCCGCGGUCUCCGGCACAAAAAUGGACGAGUCUAAACAGCCUCAGCCGCGCGUUACCUUCAAGGAGCUGACCAAAACUAUGAAAAACUCCCCUAGCACCAGUGAGGCCAGUUCGUCCCCGAAUCCUAACUCAUCCAGUGACAGUGGGAUCGACAAUCAUGGCUUUCCAGUGACCACCACAACAACCACAACGAUUAGUGGCUCCCUGUUUGCUACUCUGCCUUGCGUAUCUAGAACGAGUCUUAGCCUUUCCUUCAAUGGGACUGUGAAGAACAGAACAGCUGAGCCAACUUAUUACAAUCAGGAGCAGAUGUCUUCAUCGUCAACAUCCACCCCCGGAGUUUUUGAGUGUCCCAGCAUGCCGCCGUUGAAUCUGCCACAGAAUGAAGCUGGAGAGGUUUCCUUCGCCAGCUUGUCACGCAGAUUUGUGUCUGUUUCAGGUACGGGAGUGGGGUAUGAGGGCAUGCGUCUCAAAACACCGAUUGUGAGGUAUUUGAGCGUAUUGGCUGGUGUAAAAGUCGAUAAUGGCCGUGGAAAAGAUUUUGCGGGGAGAAAGCCAGGUUACCUUUCGGGAAUACGCGCUCACGUUGACCGUGUCGGCGGAUGGAAUUGCUUUUGGGUUUUUCCGAGUAAUAUGGCUUCGCCGCCUUAUUUGUCAUUAUCAUUUACAGAAGAGGAGGCUACCAAACUAGCUGAACUCGACAGCUUGGAAUUCGGCUUUUUCCGGAUCGAUGCUAACGACAAUCGCAAGCUAUUAGAGAGGGUCGUUUUCUAUUUGGAUGGGAUUAUUGCAAGGAAAGUAUACGAGCUAGAAGAGGCCAGAGCAAAAGAAGAACAAGAAGAGCUUCGAAUCCUUGAUGAAAUGCAGAAUUCCGUGCAAUCUCCUACAAAAAUUCGGGUCAAUGUGUAUUUAAAAUAUUCUAAAAUGCAAGAUGAAAGUAUUCCACCCAUUAUCUAUCUCCUACUUGGCCAUUAUCAGCUCCUACUAAAUCUCUAUGAUGACGCUUUCUCGGCUUACUCGAAGUAUGAAUCACUAGUGGAUGAAAAGGGUCGUCGAAAUUUGUCUUUCCUCUAUGGCCUUGCAUUAUGUUGUUUCCAUUUUGGUGCUUUCAAUCGCGCGCUCCUUUUAUUCCAACAAAUUCUUUAUCUGCAACCAUCUUUUCCACGACGCAAAGAAAUUCAUAUUCGUCUUGGUUAUAUUUAUAAGCUAAGGAAGGACUUGGACAAGAGCCACAGACACUUUCGUCAAGCUCUUCGCGACGAAAGUCCCAGUACAUGGGGGCCCAUCGAGAUUCAAUUCCAGAUAGGCCAUUUAUUAGAAGUCUGUGGUCGUAUCAAGCAAGCGAAGGCGACUUACGAACAGAUACUUGAGAGUGUUCAACCGGACACGGCCACUCAUGUCCAACAUCUCUGUCUGCGCCAGCUUGCCUGGCUUUACCAGACGGGUGGAGGUGGUCAGAUUGGUGGAAAAGGUGAACCUGGUGUGGCCUCCCCAGCACAUAAAGAGUUGGCCAUUCAACUUCUGCAAAAAGCUGUUGAUUUGGACAGUUCAAAUGGAAAGACCUGGUAUCUACUGGGUCGCUGUCAAGCCGCUGUUAAUCGAGUACAGGACGCCUUUCGGGCCUAUCGUAGUUCCAUUGACAAGACAGAAGCGAGUGCAGAUACGUGGUGCUCGAUUGGCGUGUUGUAUCAGGAACAAAAUCAGCCUAUGGAUGCUCUACAGGCAUACUUUUGUGCGGUGCAGCUGGACAAGUGUCAUGUCACCGCGUGGGUCAACUUAGGCACCCUGUACGAGAGCAUGCAUCAGUUCAAGGAGGCGCUAAAGUGCUAUACCAACGCAGUGAAUGCGGACAAGCGCGAUGUGAUCAAACCACCAGUGAAGGCUCGCAUUGCAACACUACAGCAACUGCUACCCCGCCUUGCUGAUAAGGUGAUGGUGGGCUGUGGCGGCGUCGGUGUGGAUGUAAGUCUGGUGAACGCGGCCGGAGGUGCCAUUUCUUCCUCUGCACUUUCGACCACCCCUCUGACCAAAUUACCUACUGUCGACGCUGCCUGGGAUCUGCCCAUCCCCGCCGAACUCACCCAGCGACAGGUGCAGCUUAUGCUUCAGGAAGCAAAUCGGUCACAGUGCUCAGCCUUCUCCAACAGCGGCUCCCACUGGGCUGCUCUCCUCAGCAGUAACGCUGUCAAAUUGGAAGAAGAGGAGGAAGAGGGUGGAAAGGCAAUGAAGGUUGGCAAGGGUAGUUCUAGAGAUGGUAUCCAAAAGCACGGUGAUGAGCCUCCAAGACCGUUUAAAAGGCUCAAGGUGGAAGAGGAAGAGGAAGAAGGAGAGGAGGGUAGAAAAAGAAAUUUCAGUGAGCUUUCAUUGCUUCCGGAUCCACCUCCCUCUGCGGACGAAAUUAGCACGCUGUACAACCUGCUCUGUCAAGGGAACGGACAGUCAGCCAGGCAACGCCACCAAUUUCAGCGCAUUUACACAAAGGCCUUCAAUUACUUGCUCUAUAAGAAGCGCCACCCAGAGGCAACUGCAGCUCUGACUGACGAUCCAUUCGCUUGUGCAAGUCGACACAUUUUCAAGCGUCAAAUAACCCCUGCUUCCGCCUCAGAGGGGUCCGAAGGAACUGGGGUUAUGGUGAGUGCCUCUAGCACCAAGGUUAGCAUCUCCACACCGCCCGCCUGUGUAACCUCGUCGGCCGAUGAUGUCGAAAAGGUGGGCCAGCGUCAACAGCAACAGGUGGACGCCACAGUGGCUGACCUACUCUCAGCUGCUGCCAAUGAUGACACUCUGAGCGCCGAUCAACUGCCUGAUGACUUUGCUCUUCUUACUGAUGACCUCUUUGCUCAGCUCAAUACCACAGCUGAUGAAUUGGUGGAUAUCACUCUCUUUCAAAACCCCCCGAGUUCGACCAAUGGUGGGGGUGAUGGGGAGUACGUCGGAAGCGCCGCCGGUACUUCCACUACUGCCGGUGCCACCGACCAAGGUGCAUCCUCCACCACGGCAGAUAUGAAGUCCACAGAGGGCGAAGCACAACAAUGUCCAUCUGCACAACCGAAACGCGAGAACAUCACCUCAUCGUCACAGAAGGACAACUGCGCUACCGCUCCAUCCAACGUGUCCGAGGUGCCACCGAAAUAUUCCACUCCACCAAAACUCGUGCGCAACUUGGGCGCUUUUUUAACCAGACCGAUGGUGCAGCUUAAGAGCCCCACCACCGAUUUAAGUACCUCCAUGACCGCUAAACAGAUUAUCGACGCUGUUUCCGGACUCGGUCGGCUAGGUGGACCGUGGUGGAACAGCCUGCUUCCCGAAGGCAGUUCUCUACCCUCUCCUCCCGAGAAGCCUCUUCCUGCCUGUCCGGCAGACAGACUGUUACCCCCGACGCCCUGCGUUUAUCUAGACAAACGGAAAGACGCCGUUUCUCCCGAAUUGGCUCGCUUUUGCCUCUCCCAACCCGUUGUGGUUGUGCGGGGUCUGGCCGCUGCUCUACGAAUGGAUUUGGGACUCUUCUCCACCAAGUCUCUUGUUGAAGCUAAUCCCAAUCAGCGGAUUGAGAUUCGUACGCAAUUAGCAAGUGGUGUGGAUAAGACUCAAGCAGCACCUUUGUCCUCGACACCCCUGGGUGAGCAGAGCCCUUGGUACUUGGAGUCACCGCGUUCCCAAACAACCAUCACCCGGUACGCCAACUACCAAGCUGCUUCUUUCAAGGAGGCCCUGAGGGAGGAGAAACAGGGUCCUGGGCAUCAAACCUCCUCCGAUUCCACCUCAGCAGUGGAAAGAGACUCUGGCGCGUUCGCUAAAGGAACGUCAUAUUGCAACGACCCAAUGCAAAGGGCACCGAAGGUGUCACCGGGAGGGAAGUCCGCUGGUGGUUCUGUCACCCCGAUAUCACCGCGGAACAAGUUGAUCCGGUUUGGAAUUAUCUGCGAUCUUUCCGAUGAGGAGAAGUGGCUGCCACAACUCCAUGAAUUAAACAAACUCCCCACCAUCUUCAGGGUCACCUCUGCUGUCAACAUGCUCUCUCACGUUGGUUAUCCCCUCAUUGGAGUUAACACUGUACAGCUUUACAUGAAGAUCCCUGGCUCGAGGACGCCAGGUCACCAGGAGAGCAACAACACUUGCGCCGUGAACAUCAACGUGGGUCCGGGCGACUGCGAGUGGUUCGCAGUUCCCGAGCAGUACUGGGGUGUGCUGCACCGACUAACCGAGCGUCAGGGUCUAGACUUCCUCACGGGGACCUGGUGGCCAGAUGUAGAGGAGUUACGACAGGAGGGUGUUCCACUCUACCGAUUCCUACAGAAGCCCGGCGAUCUCGUCUGGCUGAAUGCCGGCGCGGUCUACUGGGUGCAGGCCCUGGGCUGGUGCAAUAACAUUACCUGGAACAUCGCCCCUUUGAUAGCCAGGCAGUAUCAACUGGCCGUCGAGAGGUUCGAAUAUAACCGUCUGAGGAAUGUCAAGUCUCCCGUUCCCGUGAUUCAUCUCUCAUGGCAGCUAGCCAGAAAUACUCGUGUGGGGGAAAUACAGCUCUACGAGCUCAUAAAACACACCCUUCUUCGCACUAUGGUGGAUUCACAACUGAUGUUGGACUUCUUGGACCAGCUUGAAAUUCCGGUUAAACGGCAUGGCAAGAAACCGGACGACAUUGCACAUUCCUGUCAAGACUGUGAGGCGAUCCGCACAUGCGAGAUUGAGGUGUUUAAUCUGCUCUUCGUGACGACACAAGAGAAGAAAACGGAGGUACGGUGUUUCGCGUGCGCACGCCGAAGUGACCCCGGUCUGCGCUCAUUUAGCGUCCUGUCCGAGUACUAUAUGCAGGAGUUAGCCACCAUCUACGACAACUUCCAGUUUCAGGUGCAACCAGUGGCAGCUUAUUCGGUGGUCAAGUAA